AUGGCUUGGGAUAUGGCGGCCUGGAUAUUAUACGUUAUGCCUAUAAUGACGAACUCGUUAGAACACGAUACUAGCGCUUUAACUGCUGUAGCUGCGCCGCGGCUAGCGGCGGAAGGGUUGCGUCUUCCUGACCGGUCUGAUACGCCCGGUCCGCGCCGAUCUGCCCGAUUGGCUGGGCGUUUGGGUCCUUCUACUGAAUCCUAG